AUGAAUUAGUUUUAUAAUUAUUCUAGUUAAUUAAUAUUAAAAUCUGUUAAAAAUAUAGUUGUUAAUAAUGAAAUCCGAUUCUUUGGCAGUGAGAAUUACCAAAUAAAGAACCCAAUAGGUAGAGGGGCUGGUAGUUUUGUGUGCAAGAUUGUGAACCGACUAACCAAAGUGGAAAUGGCUGCUAAGAUCAUUUAGAAAACAUCUUCGAACUCACACAAAAUAUAGAAUGAAGUAGUAAUUCAUUCUGAAUUGCAUCAUAAAAACAUUGUUAAUUUGAUAGAUGUUUUUGAGGAUGCCGACAACAGUUAUCUCAUAAUGGAAUUAUGUGAUUAAGACAUUUAUUAAUUAAUUAAGAAAGGGUAAUUUAAUGAAUAACAAAUACGUUUUUAUGGUAAACAAUUGGCAGAAGGUCUGCAGUAUUUGCAUUCUCACAAUAUCAUUCAUAGAGAUAUUAAAUUAGGAAAUAUUCUAAUCUAGAAUGAUAUUCUGAAAAUUGCUGAUUUUGGAUUGGCUGUGAAAUUGACAGAUGACGAAGAAGAAAGAAACACCCUUUGUGGUACUCCAAAUUAUAUCAGUCCGGAAAUCUUAAAUUAAUAACCAUAUGGGAAAAAGGUUGAUUUGUGGAGUAUGGGUUGUUGUCUAUUUGCAAUGGCAACUGGUCGAGGACCAUUUGAAGAAAAGAAUGCAGCCUUGGGAGAUGUUUUGAGAAAAGUUAAAUAAGGCGAUUUUGAAUUACCUGCAAAUUCUACUGAAACCUUUAAGGACUUAAUAAUGAACUUGUUGAAUCUAGAUGCUGAUUAAAGAUAUUCUAUUGAAAAAAUAAUAAAACAUCCCUUUUUUGUAGAUCCUAUCCCUCCAAGAAUUCAAAGCAGAAAUCAAUCCAGCUCUUAGAUCAAGUAACUUUUGGAUUUGAGUCCAUUUGUUAAAUAAUAGCACAGAUCCACUUGUUCUAUGAUUGGAUUGGAUAAAUAAUAAGUAGUAGCACAGUUCGUAUAGAAACAGCAAUUAUUGGGUGGAAAGAAGUUGCUUUUUGGAAUGACAACCAAUGGAAAGAUUGCACUUAAACAAAAUUAUCAUCUUGAUAAUGUGCCUAGAUUCUUUUUACCAUAGGAAUCGCACUCUAAUAAUACAAGUUGCAAUCAUCAUAAUAAAGAAAACAUCAAUAAAGAAAAUAUCAAUAAAGAGAACAUUAGAGAGAAUAGUGUUAAAAUUAAUAAAUAGAAUUCGUCAACUUUGUGUAUUUUCAAUGAAUCUCCAAUAAAGUUAGGCGAUUUAAAAUCCUGUAAAUUGUAAACAAAAAAUGGAUUAUUACAAAUUCAUGAGGAUGGUCGAUUCGAAAUGGAUGUCAGUAAUAAAGAUUUGAAUUUUAUUAUCUAAAAAAAUGGAUAAGAAAUCGUUGUAUAAAAAAAGGGUUAGAAGGCCAAAUAGUAUUAAUUAUGUGAGUUACCUCAGAAAUUAUAGAAAUUUUAUACAUAUUCUAAAUAAGUGUGUAAUGCAAUUCGAGAAAAAAACUAGAAAUAGAAACUUAACAAUGAACAUGGCAAUUUUGCCUUAAAAAAUACCAAAUUAGGGUAAUGCUAUGAAGGAUAUAUUGCAUAAUCAAAAAUUAAAAUACAACAUAUCCUAAAUUCAGACUCAAUAAAAUUAUAAUUUCACAAUGGGAAUACUAAAAUUGUGAACAUUCAUGACUUCUAGUAGCUCUCAACAUAAGCAAAAAUGGAUCCAAAUGAAGUGUACUCAAUUAAAAUUGCACUUAAAUACUUACCUUAAUGUUAGUAGUGA